AUGAGCGAACUCUGUUUUGAUAAUAAAAAUCCUCAAGAUAUAGUUUCUCAAGUUAAAAAUUCUCAAGAUGAAAAUCUUCAAGAAUCUGUUCAAAAAAAAUCUGCCGGACGACCACUUGCAGGAGUUUGGAAUUUCUUUAACAAAGGUGCUUCUGUAAAAGGUCAUUGUUUAGAACAGUGUAAGGAAUGUGAAGCAUUUUGGGCACGUGCCAAACCUGUAGAUUUAGAAAAACAUUUAGCUUUAGACUGUCCUAGUCAAAAUAAGGAUAUUAUAGAUUUUUAUACUCAAAUUAUUUCUAAUCGACAAGGCGAUCAAGCAUCAUUAUCUGAGUUUUUAGAAAGUACCAAACUAACUCUACAGCGUGAAAAUAAUAUUAAUUCAGCUUUAAUCAAAGUAUUUGUAGUAUGCAAUAUACCUUUUCACAUUAUUAGCAAUCCAUAUUUUAUUGAUGCAUUGCGAGAAUUACAGCCUGGAUAUCAACCACCAUCAAGACAAUUACUUGCAGAUCAAAAUGCGCAUUUAUUCAAUAACAAAACUGGAAAAAUUGUCAAAACAUAUAUAAAAUCUCGUGGAUUUUUUGACAAUAUCUUAGAUAUUUCUAAUGUUUUAAAACCAAUUAAUAAUACUAUUGUGUGUCUUGAAAGCAAAACAGCUAAUUUGGCUGACUGUUAUUUAG